UUACGCGUUUCGGCACGUUCCCUCAGACGAUCGCUGUGGUCGAUGUAAUCGAUUUAACCAACCCCCGAAACUGCUGGCCUCGUGCCAAAAUUUGAAUUCAGUAUAUUUAUUUAGCGAUGUAACUAUGAUUUACCAUCAGCUUGAAGGGUGUAUUAAAUUAUGUUAGGGACACUGGUACGAUCAUUGAAACAAGAGAACAAUUACCAACGACUGGACCACCUUCGUGUAUUUCAGUUAUGCUGAAUGUUCCAGUACAACGUAUGACACAAAAAUACUGAUUCCACCAGAAUAUCUUCAUGCAAACCAGCCUCCCCUCUCCAUGCCACCGAUGUUAUCCAAAGGAAAGGCAAAGACCGAUAUAUCUACAUUGCAUAUCUUUUCCACCUGUAGACAAAGUCCCAUGCUUUUCAUAAAAGAAGAAACUGAACUAUAAUAGAUUAUAACCACAGUCGUUAGAACUUCUCCAGAGUUAAUAUGGAGGACAGUAAUCAGUCAGACACUUCUAACACAACUGUUUCUGACAGUAUAGAUACAGGUAAACGUUUAACAGGUGAAGCAUCUACUAAACAAAGAUCAUUAGAGAAAAAUUUUGAUUGUAAGGUAUGUGGGAAAACUUUUGUGAAUUCCAGUAAUUUGCGAAUCCACAAAAAUUUACAUACUGGGGAAAAACCGUUUGAAUGUGAGAUUUGUGGAAAAUUAUUUAACCAGAGGAAUCAUCUUGCUGUCCACAAACGUAGUCACACUGGGGAAAGACCCUUCCGCUGUGAAAUAUGUGGAAAAUCAGUUGUCAAUAGUAAUUCCUUAAAAAGUCACAAAAGAAUCCAUACGGGAGAAAAGCCUUAUCAUUGCGAAAUGUGUGGUAAAUCAUUUAAUGAGAGAUCGAACCUUGUUAAACACAUAAAUAUUCACACUGGAGCAAAAGUGCACCAUUGUGAAAUAUGUGGGAAAUCUUUUAUGAAUUCCAGUAAUCUAAAAACACAUGAAAAGUUACAUACAGGAGAGAAACCAUAUCACUGUGAGAUAUGCGGUAAAUCAUUUAUUCAAAAGUCUCACCUUGUUCUUCAUAAUCGUAGUGGCCACACUGGGGAAAAACCUUUCCAUUGUGAUAUAUGUGGGAAAUCGUUUGUUGUUUAUAGUUAUCUAACCAAUCAUAAACGGAUUCACAGGGGAAAAGUACAGUUCCAAUGUGAAAUAUGUGGAAAAUCUUUCAUGACUAACUUACAGCUCACUACCCAUGUACAAACUCACACCGGAGAAAAAUCAUAUCAUUGUGAAAUUUGUAAGAAAUCGUUCAUCCAGAAAUGUCAACUUAUAGUUCAUAAAAGGAUACACACUGGCGAAAAACCUUUUGAGUGUGAUGUAUGUGGAAAAUCAUUUUCUGUGAAUCUUUAUCUUAAAGCUCAUAAACGAAGACACACCGGAGAAAAACCAUUCCACUGUGAAAUCUGUGGAAAAUCCUUUUUUGAUAAUUCACAUCUUGUCAGUCACAAAAGAGUGAAUAAUAGUGAUUUAAAAAGACACAAGAGAAGACAUGAGGGAGAUAAGACUUUUCACUGUGAAAUUUGUGGAAAAUCAUUCUUUGAUAAUUCUAACCUUAUAGUUCAUGUCCGUACCCAUACUGGAGAAAGACCUUAUCAGUGUGAAAUCUGUGAGAAAGCAUUUAUUUGUAAAAGUGAUGUAAAUAAACACAAACGAACACACAGUAAAGGGAAGCCUUUGGACUGUGAAACAUGAGAAAACCUCGUGUAAAUCUAAGGUCACAGAGUACCAACAUGUCUACAUUGGAGAAUAUUUAUGGUGAAAUAUGUUGGGAUUAUUUCUCAUGUUACAAUCCAGAAAUUUCAUUUGACAAGAAGCCGUUAUACAAAAACGUCUAUAAACUGGUUGGUGAAUACUGAGUGGAGAAAAUAAAACUAUUAUUGUUAAAUACAUUGGAA